CAAGCUAGAAAGAGAGAAGCAAAGAGAUGAGGAACCAGCGGCUAGCUCCUACCACUUGCUCCUCCUCAAAGAUCAACAACAGAAAGCAAGAAGAGCCACACCUCUCCGGGGCUUACAUUAGGAGCCUUGUGAAACAUCUUAGCUCCUCCUCCACAACGAGACCCAAAGACCACCACAUCACCAUGGGCACCAAGCCGCAGCAAGAAGAGCAACAUGCGCCCCAAACCACACCACCAUCUCUACAGCAGCAGCAGCAGCCACACAAGAAGCAGGUGAGGAGGAGGCUGCACACAAGCAGGCCAUACCAGGAGAGGCUACUCAACAUGGCCGAGGCCAGGCGAGAGAUCGUCUCGGCUCUCAAGAUCCACAGAGCCUCCAUGAAGGAAGCCAAGGAGCAGCAGCAACAUCAACAACUGGUGCAAGAAUUUCAACAUCAGCAGGAGGUCCAGGUAGUGCAAGAUCAUAGGCUAGCUUGUAGUGCACCCAGCAUGAGCUCAUAUGGUUCCUUCUCAGAUUACCCAUUUGCACACUCCACGGAAACAAACAGUAGUUGCUCAUAUUAUUCAUCCCCACUCCUCCCUUACCACACACCAGCAGCUGCACCCAUGGUUCCCAUGGUUGAUGCUCUAGACCAGUUGCUGCCGCUGCCUACGCAGCCACUUGGGCUUAACCUGAGCUUCCAUGGCUUCGGCGGCGGGGGAGUUGCUGGUGAAGAUGCCAAGAACAACACCGCUUCUAACUCCUUUGAUCCUCCUCCGUUGCUCCAACAACCCUCGCCUGCCUCCUCCUACUCGGUCUACUCCUCUCCGCCGGCGACGACGAUGGCGAGCCAGGACGUGGCGUCCGCCACCGUCGAGAACACUUCACCAUCGCUACACCGGGUGCUGGAUGAGGAGGAGAUGGCGGCGAUCUACUCGGUUGGGGAGCGGCACGACAUCGAGUGGAGCGACACACUGAACCUGGCCACGUCGGCGUGGUGGAGCACACUCCUCGACGACGGCGCUGCGGUGGGUCACCAGACAGACUCAGUGGACAUCCCGGGGAUGCAUCUGGGUGAUGUGUACUACGGCGAAGACGUCUCCUUCCCACGCAUGGAGAUAGGAGAGAUGGGGGGAUGGGACGAGGAGUGGCUCUCAUGACAUGUCGUCCACUCUAGUCGAACGACUAGGUCUCCAAAGACAGCUGCAUGCAUGCAUCUGUGCAGACUAGGAUUGAUGAUAUCCGAUGACCAUGUACUGCUACUUUACUGAGUCCAAGUUAUAGUGUGUGUUUUUCAGUCUGAAAUAUAAAACACGUAUUGGUCGUAGCCUGGGGCAUGCCGCAUGCAUGCUAUGCUUGACCAGAGAAGUGUGAGCUGCAGCAUGCAUGCAGCCAUGCAACACCUUAAUUGGGUGGUACGAGGAGAUGGUCAGGUUCAUUGUUUUUACUUUCAGUUGAGAAAUAUUUCAGCCACAGCCAAAUUUCAGUUUGUCUUUGAGCCGAAGGACCAAAACAUUCAUUUGAAUUUGAUGAAAUAUUUGAUUUUUCGAACAUGUUUAA